AGUAAAGUGAGUAAACAAUAAUUUGAUGGAUAUGAUGGUGAUGAGUUGCAUUUAUAUAUAGAGUUGUUUUCUAAAUUAUGGGAAGUGGUAGCACCUUUUGUGUCCCACUUUAAGAUAAAGCAAAAGCAAGUAGCUAGCAAGGGAGAAGGGGAAAUAGAGGAAAGAAAAGAAAAGAAGAGGAAAGGGAAGAAAGAAAGAGAAAGAGAAAGAGCAAAAAAAGAAAAGAUAGAAAGAAAGACAAAAGGGUGGGUCGUGCGUGACUUGUAUUGAAGAGUCGUCCAUGAUGAUUAUUGAAAUUGUAUCAUCAAAGAAAGAGGAACAGUAGCAGGGGGGAGUGUAGCAGCAUAGCGUUUUAAUUUCCCCCUACCCUAUAGCUUAGCAUCGAUGGUACAAAAGUAAGAAACCCUUCUUUAAUUUGGAGAGAACAACUACUAAGAAAAGAAAGAGAGGGUUUUUUUUUUUUCCUUUGUUCUUCUUUAAUUUGUAAGAAACAAUUAAGAGAUCUUAAUGAAUAGAGGAGGUGGUGUGGUUGAGCAAAUGAUGGGUUCCGGGAACCCUAACUGCUGGAACUCUCCUUCUUCUGAUUUCUUGUCAUACUCCUCCACUACUACUCCUUCUUCAUACACCAACUUUCUUCUGAAUCCACCACCACCUUCUAACUGGCAUGAACAUGAGCAUGAGCAUCCAGAGCUUCCCGGCGACUCAUGGACUCACCUAAUCAUGAGUGGAGGAGUGGUGGGAGAAGAAGAGAAUGGUAGAGGUAUAUGGCAGCAUCAUGCAUCAGAAGAAAGGUCCGUAGAGAGCAGUUAUGUGUACGGUGAUGGAAGUGCAGGGAAACCUAACUGGUCUCACGCUUCCUCCACCCCAUGUGUCACCUUCAACACCAGCAUCUUGGACUUCUCCACCCAGCCCACGCUUCCUCCACCUCCACCUCCACCUCCAUCUUCCGCCGAGUGCAAUAGCAUCGCAGGUGGUGGAGCAUCGAAGAAAGCUAGGGUUCAACAGUCGACGUUCAAGGUUAGGAAGGAGAAGUUAGGUGACAGAAUCGCAGCUCUCCAUCAACUCGUUUCCCCAUUUGGAAAGACUGACACUGCGUCUGUCUUAUUAGAAGCUAUUGGGUAUAUCAGAUUCCUUCAGAGUCAAAUUGAGGCCCUUAGCUUACCUUACUUGGUCAAUGGAUCACCAAACAUGAAACACCAAAAUCCUGUUCAAGGAGAGAAGAGUUGUUUAUUCCCUGAAGAUCCCGGUCAGCUGCUGAAUGAAAACUGCUUGAAGAAGAGGAAAGCAACUAGUCAGCAGGAGGGUUCCCAGCAUCAAGAAGAAGCAAAGAAGGACCUGAGGAGUAGAGGGUUGUGUCUGGUUCCAGUGUCAUGCACACUGCAAGUUGGAAGUGACAAUGGAGCUGAUUAUUGGUCUCCUGCUUUUGGUGCUGGAGGAUUUCGAUAGAUCCAUCUAGCUGCUACUCUGAUCUCUGCUAUAAUUUAUCGGGGGUAACAUAUAUAUAUAUAUAUACAAACAUAUGUAUAUGGAACCACGUUGAGACGAAAAUUCAUGAAUUUGUACAACAUCACGAGCAGUCAAUCUGCUACAAAAUCUAAGGCUGAUUGCUCAUGAUGCUAUACAACAUUCCUGAAUAAAUUAUGUACUUACCCUAUUUCGACCACUAUUUGCAAACCCUUGGUAACACUACUUAAUACAUCAUGGGAAUCGAGCUGUUAUUUUUAUUUUCAUUGAUUUAGCUUAUUGAUUAGGCCAUAUAUAUGAUUCUAGCUAGAUUUUAAUAUAUAGACGCAACAGUGGUAUGUUAAGUAGUCAUUCAAAUAAAAAUCGUUAGUUCUUCA